AACAUGGCAAAUGUUGCUGCAUAUCAAUAUGUGUGCCCAUACUGAAUUGUUUUCCAUAUAAUGUUUCAACGUCUUUUACCUACUAAAACUUUUCCAUGAAAACCGUCCCCAAGGCUCAAUUUAAAAGCUGAAGAGUUGUCAUCAGAAAGAUCGCUGGCCGGCAUUUUGAUAGAAAAGAAAAGAUGAGGGGAAAGGCAGGUUCAGGUAAGACCAUAUUGUUCGUAUGCAUUGCAUGCUUUCUUGCUGGAAUACUCUUCAGUGGCCAGAUGUGGACACGCCCCUCCAACAACCAUGAAAAUACACUACUACCACCCAGACCUGAUUGUGAUCAUAAGCGAAAACUGAUUGAAGGCAGACCUGGUGAUGUAAUGGAGGAAGUCGUGAAGACCCAUCAAGCUAUCAAGUCACUGGAUAAGGCAGUUUCGACAUUGGAAAUGGAACUGACAGCAGGUCGAACAAGCCAAACUGGAGGGCGGCAACAGUCUUCAAACCACAGUGCACAGAAGGCUUUUGUGGUGAUUGGUAUUAACACAGCCUUUAGCAGCAAAAGGAGAAGAGACUCCAUACGCCAAACAUGGUUACCAAAAGGAAAUCAGCUUAAGGAAUUAGAGAAAGAGAAGGGCAUUAUUGUAAGGUUCGUGAUCGGCCACAGUACCACACCAGGAGGCAUUCUUGAUAAAGCAAUUGAUGCAGAGGAGGCAGAACACAAGGACUUCCUCAGGUUAGACCACGUUGAGGGCUACCAUGAGCUAUCCACCAAGACUCGCCUCUACUUUUCCACUAUCAUUUCUACGUGGGAUGCUGAUUUCUAUGUCAAGGUCGACGAUGAUAUCCAUUUAAAUUUAGGUAUGCUAGUGAGUACACUUGCCAAGUACCGAUCAAGACCCAGGGUUUAUAUUGGUUGCAUGAAAUCUGGUCCUGUUCUAUAUCAAAAUGUGAGUGGCAGAGGAGCAAAGUAUCAUGAGGCUGAGCACUGGAAGUUUGGAGAGGAAGGAAACAAGUAUUUUAGGCAUGCCACUGGCCAAGUAUAUGCCAUCUCCAAGGAUCUUGCUACUUAUAUAUCCAUCAAUUGGCCCAUAUUACACAGAUACGCAAAUGAAGACGUAUCUUUAGGUUCAUGGUUAUUGGGCCUAGAAGUUGAACAUGUCGAUGAACGCUCUAUGUGUUGCGGGACCCCUCCAGAUUGUGAUUGGAAGGCAAGGACAGGAAAUGUGUGCGUGGCAUCUUUUGAUUGGUCGUGCAGUGGUAUCUGUAAGUCGGUGGAGAGAAUGAGAGAUAUACACAAAACUUGUGGGGAGGGUGACGGAGCUGUUUGGAACGUUGACCUCUAAUUCUCAAAUUGAGACAUAGAAAAUCUUACUUUACUACUUUUGCAUUAAGAGGAAUUGAAUACAUUUUCCUUUUAUUUUGAUGAAAUUUGUUAGAGUUUCGUUGAGGAACAAUAUCUAUAGUAUUAGUAACUGAAUAACCUUGUUUCAUCAAAAGAAAAAUCAAUAGUAACCUUACGUUUUGUUUA